AUGUCCUCCGCCCAAGAAGAAAUGCAAAUCAACCCCACCCGCGCAAAACAACUCUCGGAAAACCUCAGCCACGUCCUCUCCCAGGUCAAAUCCGCAAACACUGCAGGAAAGAAUGUAUGCCUCUGCUUCCCUCCUUCCUCUCUCUCAGCUACCACUGACAACCCACACCAACACCAGGUCCGCCUCAUCGCAGUCUCAAAACUAAAACCCGCAAACGACAUUCUCGCCCUCCACAAUGCCCCCACCUCGCACACCCAUUUCGGCGAAAACUACUCGCAAGAACUGACAGAAAAAGCCGCACUGCUGCCCAAAACAAUAAACUGGCAUUUCAUCGGCGCCCUCCAGACAAACAAAUGUCGCCCCCUGGCCGAGUCGAUCCCAAAUCUGUUUUCCGUCAGCAGUGUCGACAGCGUCAAAAAAGCCGACGGAUUGGAAAAGGGAAGGGCGAAACUUGAAGAUCAGGUGCGAGGCGGGAAGUUGAGGGUGUUGGUGCAGAUCAAUACUUCGGGGGAAGAGGAAAAGUCUGGUGUGCAGCCCAAAGAUGCGGUGGCGCUUUGCAAACAUAUUUUGGAUGAUUGCCCGCAUCUAGAGUUGGGAGGUUUGAUGACCAUCGGUGCGAUUGCGAGAUCAAAGGCUACAACCAAAGAGACGGAGAAUGAAGACUUUGAGGCUUUGAGGGAGUGUAGGGAUGAUGUGGCUGGCCAGUUGGGCAUUGAGGCUGACAAGUUGGAGUUGAGUAUGGGUAUGAGUUCGGACUUUGAGGCUGCCAUCAGACAGGGCAGUACAGAGGUUAGAGUUGGAACGACCAUCUUUGGCGAGAGGCCUGCUAGAGGUGAUGCCAAAGUCAAGGAGGAUGUUGCCGAGGAAAAGAACUAG